AUGGAUCACCGCCUCGUCAUCCCCAAGAUAAGGCUCCGUCUGCAACCCCGCAGCAGGCCACAGGGUAAGCGAUCACCAGGAAAGUUGAAUACUGAUCUGUUGAAUUUGUUUGCCUACCGCUUUUACUUAAACAAUCAGUUAACUCAGCACCUGAAAGACCUGCCAGCCUCGGACGUCAGCGCCACCGUAGAGGCACGAUUUUACCAACAGCGCGACGCCGUCUUUGUGACCACUCUAGGUUUCCUCGGUCGCACAAGUUCUCAAAAUCAAGACUGUUUCGACGAAGGCGACGCAGCCAUUAACAAUCUGCUCGUCGGAAAGAAGAGGUUGCAUAGAACCUACCUCGACAGUCUACCCAAUGCAAACAAAGCGGCCUUUUACCAAUGUUGCCGUCUUGCGCAGCAGCCGUUGCGAGAAAUGCAGGACGCCUGGAUGGCUCAGAAGACCGAAGAGAUCCAGGACUAUGCGGGCCGCAAUGAAUCAAAGAAAUACUUCGCGAUGCUCAAGGUUAUCUACGGUCCCACAGCCAAAGAAACCGCCCCGCUUCUCGGCACCGGUGGAACAACUCUUCUGAUUGAGAAGUCGCAGAUUCUGAAGCGCUGGAGCGAGCACUGCAGAAAUGCCUUCAAUCGCCCAUCAACCAUCUCCGCCGCCGUCAUUGACCGACUCCCCCAAGUGGGAGUCAACAUCGACCUGAAUCUCCUGCCUUCCAUUCCAGCAACCAUCCGCGCCGUGCAAAAAACUCUCCGGCGGGAAAUCAUCUGGCUCCGAUGCGAUCCCGGCUGA